AGCAAAAGCCUUUGGUCUGAAGCUUCCUCCGCCACCCCCAAUCCUUCCAACAAAUUCAGGGUCAGGCGGUAACUGUUGCUUUGCGCGUUAACACUGUUAACUCAGCCACAUACACAAAACUCCCUCACAGAUUUUGGAGAGAGAAUGGACAUUGCUUCCCGCAUUUUCCAUCCCCAUUGCACUCAUUUCUCCCUCAUGCGUGCAAGUUAUUCCCAAAAUCUGAAAUCUCAAAACCCCAAACCCCAUAUUUUCUUUCCCAUUAAAAUCCUUUUUUUCUCUUCAAAUUUUCUCGUUCAUCUCUCCCACCACCUUUAUUUAAUCAAAACCCAUCAUCUAUUUUAUCGAUUUUUUUUUAUUCUCCUGUCAAAGUUGGAAAUCUCUGUUCAUUUUGUUUUGGGCUGGUCUUGUUUAUUGAGGUCGGUUGGAAAAGCUCAAAAAGUUUGCUGCUUUUAAUGCUUUUACUCACUGAUUUGUGGCGGUGGAGUCUUCAAGGUUGAUUUUUUUGUAUAAAAGAUCUGGAUUGAAGCCAUGGGAAGCCAUAUGAGCAAAAGGAGCGCUGAAACAUCGUCAUCUGCUAUCAAUCUGAACAAUUUGCAAUACACAACUGAUCAGUUGACUUCAUAUGAGGCAGCUUGCAAGCUCGAUGCAGACUUGCAGUCCUUCGACACGAACCUCCAUACCCGGACCAAUCAAGUCAUCAACACAAUCGCAGCAGGAGUCGAAGUCCGAGCCCUUUCCUUCGAUUCCUUGAAGGAGGUGACAGGAUGUCUGUUGGAGAUGAAUCAGGAAGUUGUGAAAGUUAUCUUGGAGUGCAAGAAAGACAUAUGGAAAAAUCAGGAGUUGUUUGAGCUGGUUGAGGAGUAUUUUGAGAACAGCUUGCAGACACUGGAUUUCUGUACUGCAUUGGACAAGUGUUUGAAGCGAGCUCGCGAUAGCCAGUUGCUUAUUCUCGUUGCGCUUCAGCAAUUCGAGGAGGAAACCGAAAUGGGAGGCAGUCGAUACACGAGGACUUUGGAGGAAUUGAAGAAUUUCAAGACGAUAGGUGAUCCUUUUACUGAGGAGUUCUUUCAAAUAUUUCAAUCUGUUUAUAAGCAACAAAUAUCAAUGCUCGAGAAGUUGCAACUGCGAAAGAACAAGCUCGAUAAGAAGCUCAAAGGUAUUAAUGCUUGGAGGAAGGUGACUAAUAUGAUAUUUGUUGCUACAUUCGCUGCCGUGUUGAUUUGUUCUGUUGUGGCGGCAGCCAUGGCUGCUCCACCCGUCGCAGCAGCUCUGGCCGCUGCUAGUUCUAUCCCGAUAGGCUCAAUGGGGAAGUGGAUUGACUCCUUGUGGAAAAACUACGAACUUGCUUUGAGGGGUCAAAGGGAAGUGCUUAGCUCAAUGCAAGUAGGAACUUAUGUUGCCAUUAAGGACUUGGACAACAUUCGGGUUCUCAUUGAUCGAUUGGAAAUUGAUAUCGAGUCCAUCUUGCACAAUGCAAGCUUUGCCAUUGAGGAAGACGCGGUGAAAGUUGCAAUAGAGGACAUUAAAAAGAAGUUGGGAGUGUUUAUGAAGAAUGUGGAGGAUUUGGGAACUCAAGCUGAUAUCUGCAGCCGCGACAUUCGAAGAGCAAGGACCGUGGUUCUCCAGAGGAUCAUCAAACAUUCCAACAACUGAAAAUCGACCACCCUCGGUAUUUAACCAGUUUCUGUUUUGAUGUUUCAAGACAUUCGAAUUUGUGUUAACUUUCUGUUUUUUUUUUCCUUGUCAUCAUAUUUGUUCAUUCUUAGAUUGUAACUUGGAUCCAGACAAUUGGUUGAUGUAUACAAAUAAUGUAAGAUUACAUACAUUUUACCUCCUCUCUCAAUAUUUAGGCAAGAAAUUGACUUUAACCUAA